UUGUUGUCGUUGUAGUUCGGUUUUGUUAUUCUGCAUACAUUCGACAACAGCUCAUUUAGUGUGCUGUUUUAGCGGUGUUCGUUGAGUACAAGUUUAGACGACGAAGUUUGUGGUGUUGUUUAUUGAAAUUUCAGGAAAUUUAUAUUAUUGAAUUCAUAUUUUUCAAUGCAGCAGAUUAUAGAUGAAGAACGAAAUAACCCGCUAGAUGAGGCAUUAAGCUUGCUGUGCUCAUGGAAUUUGAAACACUUAUGUGAUAAAUUCAAAGAGCAAGAGGUUUGCACGGUGGCCUUUCAAUAUCUAACAGACGCUGAUAUUUCCGAAUUAAUACCGAAAAUUGGACCACGUACAAUAUUUCGCUCCCACCUCCUGGCUUGGCGACAAAACCAUGAACUAAGAAAACAAGAGCCCAUGGUUGUUUUAGCCAACACUCCUGUAAAUGCAACAACAGCCGCCAUUAAAAAUGAAAUUCCCGAAAUGAACCUAGUAGAGGAGCCAGAAGAAAAUAGUUUUGAAAGUGUUUCGAAAGAGGCUGACUUGUAUGAGGACAGUGAUUCGAAAACUCAAUCUGUGAUUACAGAACCAAACCAAGAUAAUAUCGUAAAGGAGAGCCCAGCAGCUUCGAAGAAAAAAUUGGGCGUACGUGCUGUGCUGAAUAAUUCCCCUGAAGGCAAAAGUGCCAUUGCACAUUAUAAUAAUAAUAAAUGCCUUGAUAUGCAUUAUCGUAAAAAAGUGGUUCGAAUUGUCAUUGGUGCGGCGUUGGAAAAGCGAAUGGACAUGUCAAUAAAUGAUUUUCAAGCGAUGAACGAGCAAUUACUGGAAAUAUUCCCGAACGAAAGUGAAGAUACCUUUUAUGUGCCGCGAGUGGGUAAUACUCGAGCACGUGGAAUGCUUUACAAUAAAUAUAUUAAUCUGUCUCGAAAUCUGAGGCGAAAUGGUCUGUUGGAAUACAAAAGGCAACGAACAAAUACAUCGCGAUAAUGCAUACAUCUGUGUAUGUAGGUAACUUAUAUAAAUACAUAUAUAUUCAUAUCUCCCUUGGUUUAUAAUAUAAAAUAUUGGC